GCACCAUAUCCUAAAUGUCUGUGUGUUGUGUUGGUGUAUAGAAUGUGCCCUACAACCUGAACCUACAAAGAGGCCUCUACGACAAGAUGAUGCUCUCCAUCAAGGGCCAGGUCAAACCAAACGCUAAGCAGUUCACGGUGAACUUCCUGCGAGGUAAUGACAUCGCCUUCCACCUCAACUCUCGGUUCAAUGAGGGGGGCAAGCAGGCAGUGGUGAGGAACCACAAGGUGGGAGAGCACUGGGGGAAGGAGGAGAGGUACACACAUGGAGGCUUCCCCUUCAUGGCCGGACGGUCCUUCGAGGUCAGUGGGAAUAUUCUUAAUAGCAGUGCAACUCUAACCUAUAAUGUACUGACUAACAUCUCUAACCUAUACUGUAUUGACUAA